AUGUCGACGGACUUCAGCCAGCGGCGGCAGGCUCCCGCGCACAUGCGCGCGGUGGUGCCGCGCGACCUGCGCGUGCUGGCCGCGCUCGAGCAGAGCCUGGGCCUGCGCCUCGAGCACCGCAGCCUCACGCACGGCGGCUACGUCUUCUCCAACGGCGAGCUGCCCACCUGCCUCUCGGGAUUCAUCGACCUGCUCUUCAACUACGUUGACACCAUCGCCACCGCCACUCCCGACGCCGACGCUGAGUUGCUCGUGCCCAGAGCCCAAGUGCUGCCAGUGUGGUCCGUCCUUUUCCGAUGCUUCAGCACUGAACUAUGGUUGGCGAUUGCAGCUACCUACCUUACCACCGCGCUCGCCUGGUAUAUUUCAUCCCGUUCCUUCCGUAGCCUAACAGACAUGCUUGCUGUAUUUGUGGGAGCUGGGUGGAACGGCUUGCCCUUGGCUCGGGACUCCCUGCGGCGCCUCUUACUCAUUCCGGUGUUGCUGGGAGUGAGCGUGGUGGUCCUCAGCGCCCUGCAGGGUCGUUUGUUCAAGCUGAUGGCCAGCCCCCCCCGCGGGCUCGACCUGCAGACUCUGGAGGACGUGGCGGACCACAACCUGCCUCUGCUCACGCAAGGCCGCGUCCAACAGGACCUCAUGGAUAUGAAGACGGAGCUGUCGGCGCGCCUGCUGAAACUGCUGGUGGUGAACUCCGAUUACUACCCGGAGCACCUGCUGAUGGCGAUCGCUAAGGGCGAGCAGCACGUGGGGCUGGUGUCCGCGACCCUCAACUCGCGCAUAAUGGAGGGCGCCUACCCCACCGCCUUCUCGCACUUCCGGCGCCUGCUGCUGGUGCGAGACAUGGAGGCGUACGCCGUGAAGCGCGGCUCGCUGCUCACCCCGUUGAUAGAAAAGGUGAUGGCGCACCUGAACGAGGCGGGGCUGAUCCGGCGCUGGCACGAGGAGACGCUGCGCAACGUGAUUGCGCUGUACGCGCUGUGCGAGGGCAACGCGUCGCUGGAGGCCGGCGUGCUGCCGCUGGAGGCCGACGAGGAGACGCGCCCGUUCGUGCUGUGGGACUUGGCCGUGGCGUUCGGCGCGCUGGCCGUGGGUGUGGCGCUAAGCGCCGUCGCGUUGGCGGCCGAAGCGGCAGGAGGCCGGCGCCGGCGCCGACGACAGCAGCUGGUGCAGCAGUGGCGCGCAUAGGCACCGCGUGUCAACUAUCUAGAAUAUCCUACAUAGAGCUGGCCGGGCUUAGUUUAAAUCCUCUUAGUCAGUGAUCUCAUGACCAAAUUCCAAUUCAUUAAAAACAAAAUUAUUUAAAAAAACAAAAUCAUAUUGAGUAUGGAGAAUGAGUUUAGAAACAAAAGGACAUGUUGCUUCUUGCAUUGAUUAUUGUUAUAGGAAUGGAAUCUAUUGAAAUGGAGUUGGAAUAGGAAGAAUGGAAUCCACGAAAUUGGAGUUAGAAUAACGGCAGAAAGUAAUUGUUAUUGCAAUAAGAAGCAAAGACAUCAUUAAUAAGGCGCUAAACUUGAAAAAUGAUAUAUUUGUGGUUUGAUUACUUCUGUGUUUACAGUUACAUGCAGAAAAUACUGUAGGUAUUGUGAAUAUUGUCCUAACCACUAAUAUAAUUUAAAUACAAAUAAACAAAAAGUCAACAAUACAGAA